AACGCAUGACUUUCUGUAAUAUUGCUAAAUUAUACAUAUUCUUUUUUAAAUAAAAAUGGUUGUGAGAACAUUUCAAGAAGAAUGUUCGUAUAUUGAACGACUGUCGAGCCACAGUUAUAAAAUAAAAAAAGGAUUUGUCGAUAAUAUGAAGGUCGAGGGAAUUUUUUAUGUCAAUAAUAAUUUGGAAAAGUUAAUGUUUGACGAGUUGAAGCAUUGGUGCAAUUCAGCUGGUGUUGGUGGUUUUCUUCCUGGAGUGAAACAAAUUGCAAAUGUUGCAUCUUUGCCAGGGAUAGUUGGGAAAUCUAUUGGCUUACCUGAUAUUCAUUCUGGCUAUGGAUUUGCCAUUGGCAACAUGGCUGCAUUUGACAUGAAUGACCCACAAGCAGUUGUAUCACCUGGUGGAGUGGGAUUUGACAUAAAUUGUGGGGUAAGGUUGAUACGAACCAACCUUGACGAAAAGGAUGUUUCUCCGAGGAAAGAACAAUUGGCGCAGUCUUUAUUUAAUCAUAUUCCUGUUGGUGUGGGAUCCAAAGGAAUUAUUCCAAUGACGGCAAAGGACCUAGAGGAGGCGCUUGAAAUGGGUAUUGAUUGGUCACUACGGGAAGGAUACGCAUGGGCUGAAGACAAGGAGCAUUGUGAGGAAUAUGGAAGGAUGUUACAGGCAGACUCUUCAAAAGUCAGUUCUCGAGCCAAGAAACGGGGGCUUCCUCAGCUUGGCACAUUGGGAGCUGGUAACCACUAUGCUGAGAUACAGGUUGUUGAUGAGAUAUUUGAUAAUUAUGCUGCCAAAAAGAUGGGUGUGGAUCACAAGGGUCAAGUUUGUGUAAUGAUUCACAGCGGUAGUCGAGGUCUUGGUCAUCAAGUUGCAACAGACGCCUUAGUUUUAAUGGAGAAAGCCAUGAAACGCGACAAGCUCGAUGUGAACGAUCGUCAGCUUGCGUGUGCAACUAUCGGUUCUCAAGAGGGACAAGAUUAUCUCAAAGGAAUGGCAGCUGCGGCGAAUUAUGCAUGGGUUAAUCGAUCCACUAUGACAUUUCUUUCAAGACAGGCUUUUGCGAAGGUUUUCCAAUCCACACCGGAUGACCUCGACAUGCAUAUAAUCUACGACGUUUCACAUAACAUUGCCAAAGUUGAGGAGCAUAUGAUUGAUAAUAAACAGAAGACUUUACUGGUGCACCGCAAGGGAUCAACAAGAGCAUUUCCUCCGCAUCAUCCUCUUAUCCCUGUGGACUACCAGCUUACUGGUCAGCCAGUCUUAGUCGGGGGUACCAUGGGAACGUGCAGUUACGUCCUGACGGGAACUGAAAAAGGAAUGAGCGAAACAUUUGGUACAACUUGCCACGGCGCUGGCAGAGCCUUGUCAAGGGCUAAAUCAAGACGUAACCUUGACUACCAAGAAGUCUUAGCAAAACUGGCCGAGCAGGGAAUUGCAAUAAGAGUGGCUUCUCCAAAACUUGUCAUGGAAGAGGCGCCAGAAUCCUACAAGAACGUCACUGAUGUUGUCGACACAUGUCAUGUAGCUGGCAUAAGCAAGAAGGCAAUAAAACUGCGUCCUAUAGCCGUUAUCAAAGGAUGACAAUGCUGACAUAUAUGGCCGAUUUGUUGAGUGUCGUGACUGUCAUCACGUGAGAAUGUAGUCAUUUCGUGCAUCUUAAUGAGUAAGUGUGUACAUUAGUGUACAUCAGUGUACAUGAUGUGUACAUGAAUAUAUCAAAGAUAUAAACGGUGAAGGAUAUUGACGUUAUAAGUUAUAUAGCCUUCACUCCAAAUGGAUAGAGACAAAUUAAUAUUCCAAAUAAAAUAAAUAGAAAUAUAGACUUGUUAGUGGUUAUUGGUUACAAACUGAAAUAUUGCUCUGAACGUCGUACUUGUCACGGUGAAUGAUGCAAAACAAAUAUUUGGUUGUGGUUACAAACUUCGUUUACCAUUUGUCAUUCCCCGUGACAAAUACGCUGUUCAGAACAAUAUGUAAAUAAAAAUAAGUUUUAUGUUUACACUAAA